UUUCUGCGGCCAUUUCAUGAUCUGCGACCAGCAGAACGGUAACGUGAAGGAAAUGUUUUCAAUGGAACGGAUGUGAAGGCGGAAUCUGUCUUUUCUUUCGGGACUUUAGGCAAAGAGUCACUGGUUAGAAUAUACCGUUACCUCCAUAAUCUACAAUUCAACAGACUAGGGAUAAACAUCUCAUCUGGUUCACUUGGCCUGAACUCUGCAAACGACCGACCGUAAACGAGUGUCUACAAUGAAUCAGGAAACACUCACCCUCCAACCCUCCUCCCCCCUACUCCUCCCGGAGUCCCUGGGUCGUACGUCUCCUGGUAACACCUUACUGCUGGGUCUGAAGAGGGUGUCUGUGCGGCUGGUCGACUGCAGGAAAACACCGGCGCUAAGGGACAGUCCUAACCGUCACUCUCUCAGUAUAAGGGGCUUGUCAACUUGGGAGGCUUAUGCUGAGGAAGCAGAGAAAAGUCUCUCCAGAUCAGAACACCUCAAGAAACACCAGCAGAGACCCACACGGAAGAAAUCUCACUGCUACUCUGACUGUGGGAAGAGUUACACCUCUAAAGUAAACCUUAGAGGACACCAGAGAAUUCAUACUGGAGAGAAACCUCACUGCUGCGCCCAGUGUGGAGCUAGCCUCUCCUCUGCCAGUGCACUGGAAGGACACAUGCGGAUUCACACUGGAGAAAAACCAUACCAGUGCUCAGAAUGUGGGCAGAGAUUUAAAGACUCCAGUGGUUUACGGUUACACGAGAGAAUAAAACACACCGGCGAAAAACCACACUGUUGCUCUGACUGCGGGAAGAGAUUUGUUACAUCGCAACGCUUAAAAGCUCACCAGCGGAUUCACACUGGAGAGAGACCUUUCCAUUGCUCUGAGUGUGGGAAGAGUUUCAAACAAGCCUCAGCACUGUCUGAACACAAACAAAUACACACAGGAGAGAAGCCUCACCACUGUGAGCUGUGCGGGGGAAGCUAUUCCUCUUCUAAAUUACUCAGACUACACCAGAGGAUUCACACAGGGGAGAAACCUUAUCAAUGCACCGACUGUGGGAAAAACUUCAGAUUUUUAUCUUCUUUAAGACGUCACCAGCUAAUACAUACUGGAGAAAAGCCCCACCAAUGUACUGAGUGUGGGAAGAGGUUUGCUGUUAAGAGUGGGCUCUUGCGACAUAAGAAAGUGCACACUGGAGAGAAAGGAUACCAAUGUCCACAGUGUGGCAAGAAGCUAGGAUCAUCUAAUUCUCUAGAGCAGCAUAAGCGAACACACACUGGACAGAAACCCUUCCACUGUUUCCACUGUAAGUUGAGCUUUGCCACUAAUUCAGCCCUGUGCACACACCAGAGAAUUCACACAGGUGAGAAACCACACAGCUGCAAUGUUUGCCACAGGAGAUUUGGACGGUCCGAUCACCUGAAAAUUCACAUGCAAAUUCACACAGGAGAAAAGCCAUACCACUGCUCUAAGUGUGAGCUGAGUUUCAUUAACAACAGAUCUCUGAAAGAACAUGAGGUCAGACACACAGAAGAUAAACCUCACUGCUGCUCCCAGUGCGGUGCUAGUCUCUCUUCUGCCAGGGCACUGGAAGGACACAUGCGGAUUCACACUGGAGAGAAACCGUACGAGUGCUCUGAAUGUGGGCAGAAGUUUGCACAUAGAGCCGAUCUUGGGACACACCGAAUAAUACACACAGGAGAGAAACCCUAUCAGUGCUCUGACUGCAAGAAGAGCUUUCCAAGACUUUGCUCAUUAAAAAAUCACAAGUUCACACAUUCAGAGAAGAUGUACCACUGCUCCCAGUGUGAGUCGAGCUGCACAACGCCAGACGCAUUGAAGAAACACCAGCUUAUACACACUGGAGAGAAGCCUUACCACUGCUCCCACUGUGACAAGAGCUUCCUUCGGCAACAGUCUCUCAAAGGACACAAGCGUAGUCACAAGGGAGAGAAACCGUUCUCUUGCUCAGACUGCGGGAACAACUUUGCCACAAUGGCAACCUUGCGAAUUCACCAGCGAAGACACACAGGAGAGAGGCCAUACCAAUGCCCUUUCCCUGACUGUGGGAAGAGUUUUGCCCAGGCCAGCGCCUUGAAAGUUCACAAGAGAAGGCACACAGGAGAGAAGCCGCACCACUGUGAUCAGUGUGGGAUGAGAUUUGUCACGUCAGGUGACUUGCAAACUCACUCCAAAAGAAACCAUACUGCUGCACAGCCUGUGGACUCAGUUUUUCUAGAUCUGAUUACUUAAAGAUUCACCAGAGAGUCCACACAGGAGAGAGGCCAUACAGCUGCUCAGAGUGUGACAAGAGAUACACUUUGAAGAGUCACCUUACAAGACACCAGCAGAGACACACAGGAGAGAAACCUCACUACUGCGCAGAGUGCGGCAAGAGCUUCAAGUGUUUAAUGGACCUGAGAUGCCACGUUCAGCGCAAACAUAGUGGGACACCCUACCACUGCACCCUCUGAGCGCAGCUUCAGCUCCCCUCAGCAUCUGAAGUACCACCAGAUGACACACACGGGAGAGAAACCAUUCAUAUGCACCACCGACUGCGGGAAUUCCCUCAGGCCGUGGUUUUGACGUACCACAGGAGGAUUCACACCGGAGAGAAACCUCACAGCUGUGAUUAGUGUGACAAGAGCAGUCUGCAAUCACACCAGCGGACACAUACAGAAGAGAAGCCUUACAGCUGUGAUGAAUGUGACAAGUGUUUCAGUAACAGGAGCAGUCUGCAAUCACACCAGCGGACACAUACAGAAGAGAAGCCUUACAGCUGUGAUGAAUGUGGGAAGAGAUUCACUAAUUCGGGAACUCUAGUUUCGCACAAGAGAAUGCACACCUGAGAGAAACCUUACCACACACAGGAGUGAGGCCUAUAAUGGCUGUGCACAAGAUAACACUCACUGAUAGAUAUGCCUGGAUCAAAUAUGUAAUUUUGUAAAUGAUGGAACACAUUUUAUAGAAUGAGCAUCAUGGACACACAGUAACAACUGUGAAACAUGAAACACUUCUAGGUUGUCCUUGACAAUUCCCACAACUGAAACCACACAGGCUUUCACUCAGUGUCGUGGAUUUGACCUAAACCCAAAAGUUUUUAAUUUAGGCUAAAACGUGACUCUUUGUCCCUCAGCAUCCAGAGAGCAGCAAGGAUUACUCUCCCCUCCCCUCUACUCACUCUACACCAAUGACUGCACCUCAUACAACAGCCUCUGUCAAACUACUCUGGUUUCCAUUGUUACAUCACUCUGGUCAGUCUCAUCACCGACGGCCAUUAAAUCCACGUCAUGUGGAGAGGUCGACCGGUUAGUUUUUUCACUAAAGCCACCGUUGCUUCUACGUUUGCAAUGCCUGCUGUUUGGGGUUUUCGGCUUGGUUUCUGUACCAAGGACAUUGUGACUUCUGCUGAUGUAAAAAGGGCUUUUAUAAAGUACACUGAGGGUGCAGCUACAUCCUGUCUUCCAGACACUGAGGGUGCAGAUACAUCCUGUCUUCCAGACACUGAGGGUGCAGCUCCAUCCUGUCUUCCAGACACUGAGGGUGCAGCUACAUCCUGUCUUCCAGCUGAUUGGAGGAGAACUGAAAUAUUACUUUUGUAUAGCAACAGCAAUAUGACCUGGAGACAGAAACUCCACCUGCUCUGAGCUAAUCUUGUUGUUCCUGCUUGAUAUCAAUAUACCCUUUUAUGCUUUCACACUUCUGCUGACUGCUAUGUAGACAAAGAGCUUUUGAUUAAACCUGAGACCCAACUCUGUUCAGGGGCUCUUAUCUCCGCACCACUGAGUGAUUGUUAACCCCUCAAGAAUUGUAAUUCUUAUAAUAAACGUUGUUUUAAGAAA